CACCACCAGCAGCAGCAGCAGCAGUUCGUGGCCGAGUUCGACGACGAGGAGGAGGAGGACGACGACGUCGCCGGCGCCGCGGUCGCCGCCGGCGUGGCGGGCGCGUCGGCGGCGGCGGCGCGGCUCUGCGAGGAGGAUGAGGACGACGAGGAGGCGGUGCGCGAGGAGGUGAUAGUCCGCUACGACGACACGCAGCGCGUCAUCCUCGCCGAGCAGUGCGUGCGCCGGCUGCUGUCGGCGACCGACGACGUCGAAGACGAGGACGACGCCGGCGCCGGGCGGACGGAGAGCAACGACGUCGCCGGCGACGACCGCGGCGACGGCGGCGGCGGCGGCGGCGGCGCCUGCGUCGGCGACGACGGCGCCGGCGCCGGCGCCGACGGAGGAGACGAGGACCCGGCCGACGCGGUGGCGGUGGUUGCGGCCAGGAAGAAGUACAGCGAGUCGGAGGUGAUGCUGGCUGAGCAGUGCCUCAAGCUGCACCAGGCGGCGGCGGAGGCGGCCGAGACGGCGCUGCUGGUGGGGGCGAGCGAGGGGGACGGGCAAGGCGGCGGCGAGCCGGAGGUGCGGGUCAUGUACAUCGGCACCGACGUCGCCGCCGCCACAAACGCGGCGGCGGCGGCGGCGGCGGCGGCCGGCACCAGCGGGUACCAGCUCGCCGGGCGGGCCUACGCCGCGACCGGCAGGAGCCCCGUGGACGAACCGGAGAAACAGCCGGUGCUGGCCGCGACGACCAGGCCGGCGGCGCCCCCUCCUCCGCUGCCCCCGCCGGCGCCGGCACCGCUGCCGCACCAGCAGCAGCAGCAGCAGCUGUCUCAGCAGCAGCAGCAGCAGCAGCAGCUGCUGCAGUACACGAUUGAGAAGGUGGUGCCGAACGGCGGCGCAAGUGUGCAGCACGAGGCAGUGGCCGUGACGGUGCUCACGGCGCACGAGCACGCGCACCUUGUCGAUGCCGGCGGCGGGAAGGAGUGGCCGGAGAAGCGGCCGCGGCUGGACGAGCGCUACGCGGCGCCGUCGGGAGAGUACGACAAGGCCGCCGGUCCCGCCGGCGGCGGUUGGCACUUUGGAGGGAAGGCGGCCGGGGCGACCGCCGCCUCCGCCGGUCCCCACCUGGUAGCGCCGGCGGAGGUGAAGUUCGAGGCGGCGUGCGGGCAGUACUACCAGUCGGUGCUGGAGAAGGCCACCAUGGUGCAGCAGCAGCAGCAGCAGCAACAGCAGCCGGCGCUGGCGGCUGCGUACUCGGCGAGCAAGAGCAUCGGAGCGGACGGGCGCUACACGUUCAUUAACCACGGGGGCCUCCUCAAGACGGCGUCGCCCGCCGAGGCGGCUGAGUUGGAAGCGCGAGCGCUGCUAGCAGCCCGCGUGGACCCCCACCGGGACCCCCCCGCGGCCCCUCCCCCUCCCCCCGGGGCUCCCAGCGCCGCCUCGGUGCUGAGCGCCACCUCAUGCUUCUCGUCGGCGUCGUCCUCCUCCUCCUCCCCCUCGUCGUCGUCGUCGAAGCCAUCCGGAGCACCGCCCCACGUCACCGCCUCCACCAUCAAGAGCACGGGCAGCUCCACGCCGCUGCCCGACUUCUCCACGCUGGUGUCACGCCGCAUCGCGUCCAAGAUCGUCAGCGCCAGCACCCACCACCAGCAUCACCAGCACCAGCAACAGCAGCAGCAACAUCACCAGCAGCAGCAGCAGCAUCAGCAGCACCAGCAGCAGCAACAGCAGCAUCAGCAGCAGCUCGAGCAAGCGCAGCAGCAGCAGCAGCAGCACCUCCAUCACGGCGGCGGUGCCAACCUGAUGGCUUCGAGGGCUCACGAGUACCUGCUGGUGCACGCGGAGGCCCAGACGCAGCAGUACGGCACCAUCAAGCAGGAGAGUAAUGGCGCCAAGCCCUGCCAGCUGUUGGACUCGCGGCCUGACGUGCCGCUGGUUUCGUCGGGGCAGUCGGCCGGCGCCGCCGCCGCCGCCGCGGCGGCUUCGGCCGCGGCGGCGGCCGCGGCGGCCGCAGCCGCGGCCGGUUCGGCCGGGGACUACUUUCCGGCAGGGCGGGACGCGGCGGCUGCCAGGGCGGCGGAGUACGGGGGACUACUUUUGCCGAAGGUGGAGGGGUGCUCGGGGGCGACGGUGGUGGCGCCGCCGUGCUCGCAACGGAUGAAUACGACGGAUGCAGGGCUGGAGUUGGGCGUGGAGGCCUCGGACGCGUCCCUGGACGGUGCGUCGCUUGACGUGGCCAAUCACGAGACGUUCUGCGGCUCGCACGGCGGCUCCCCGGCCAGCUCGGGCGGCGGCCUGGACGGCCUGGACACCACGGGGGGGGUCCCCACUGGGGGGGUCUCCUUCCGCUCGACGGCCAGCCACGGCCACCACCACCGCGGCAGCGGCGGCGUGAGCCUGGCGUCGCUCGGCGGCGCCGUGGUGAAGAGGGAGCGCCACGACGACGACGACGACGACGCGGCGGCGGGGGCGGCGGCGGCGGCGGCGCCGGGGGCGCCGGGGGCGCCGGGGGCGCCGGGGGCGGCCGGCGACAACUCUGAGGAGGAGGACGACGGCGUGAACUCGAGCGACGGCUCCCGCGGCGCGGGCACGGAGUGCACGGAGAGAGCACUCGCCGUGGUGCAGGCGGAGGCACGCUUGGCGUGCGAGCUGUGCGGGGUGCGCUUCCGCGACGAGGCGGCGCUGCGCACGCACAGCAAGAGCCACCUGCGCGAGCGUCCGCACGCCUGCGAGGUGUGCGGCAAGACCUUCACGCUUCGGCACCAGCUCAAGACUCACCACCGCGUCCACACGGGCGAGAAGCCGUUUGAGUGCGUGCUGUGCGGGCAGCGCUCCCGCGAUCACUCGGCAAUGACCAAGCACCUGCGGACGCACGGCGGCGCCAAGCCCUACCGCUGCACCGUCUGCCGCGCCUACUGCCCCAACAUGGCCGCCAUGCAGAGUCACAUGACCUCGCACCCGGCCACCGACCUGCCGUCCGAUUGGACCAUUGAGGACACCUACCUGUACCGCUACCACGUCAUGUGAUGGCGCGGACGGGUGGGAGCGGUGAAGGGGGGG